ACCCUCCUUCCCUUUUCGUCGUCUUCCUUCCCACUCCGCUCCGCCUCCACCACCGCGCGAGAAGAGAAGCUUCUGGAAGCUAGGGUUUCCCCGUCCCCAUGGCCGCCGCCGUCAUCGUGGAGGUCCUUGCGGGCGGGCGCCUCGUCGCGGCUCUCCCGCCGCCGCCGCCGGAAUCUGAGUUGCUGCCGACGCGAGACGUCAUCGCUUCGUUUCCCCCACCGCCGCCGCUGCAGUCUCCCGUGCGGAAGGCCGUCGCGGCCGUCCUGGCGCGCAGCCGUCUCGCCGCGGCGGCCGCCGACGCGCUCAUGUACCUGUGGAUCGCGGGCCUGUGGCCUGUGGGUCGCCAGUGCGGCCAUGGCCGCCUCGCACGUCGCGGUCCGCGUCCAAGGCGAGGGCUCCCGCGCGAACGCCGUGGCGUUGCAGGUCUCCCUCGCCGCCAGUCUCGUCGUCCUGCCGGUCGUCCCCGUCGCGUUGUCGCUGCACGCCAUCCGCAUCGCCGUCUCCGGCACCGGCGAAGACACCGAGCCAGACAAGCCUGCUCCGGAGAGCUUUGCAGCAUCAGUGAGGGCAUCGUUCAGUCACCCCAUCCUAGCUGCAUCCGCCGCUAUAACGCCUUUCGCCGUGCUGGUGCCUGUUGGCAAUCUGGUGAAGGGGAUCUCAGCUGCCAGUGGAUCACGCGGGGAGAGAAUCGGUUCUGCGAUCGAGGUUGUGGGGCUCGUCGGCUUUUACCCGAUGUUCCUCUUCUUCUUUCUUCCCACUGCUGCGUGGAUGGUGUGGAGGAGGGUCAAGCUACCUGCAGGCCAUGGCCAGCGUGUUGCUCCGGUGUAGCCAAGCUGCCGAGGCUUCAAGAGAAGUGCUGUGAAGAUGGACAAGGACCUAGAAGAUGACUCUUGCUGAUGGUUAAUUACGAGCUUACGGCUGAUUCCAACAGAUAAAAGUUUUGAGAACUAUGGCUCAUAUUUGCUGAUUUCUAGUACACUGCACCUACGAACUUUAUUUUGUCACUAUAUAUGAGUUUAAUUCUAGUAAUACAGUAGGAUAUGUGCCACGAGCUCUGCCUCUGACAAUUUCGUAGUGGUAGUACAGAUUAAUUGGAAUCAGAUUUUACAUUUGUGCUGUUCAAUAUAAUCUGGUCUUGCUUUCUCGAUUAAAAGUCAAGCUGUGUGUGUUGUUCUCUCAUGAUAGAGUGAGAUUUUGCUAUCUAUGAGCACGCAUGCAUCCUUCUAGUUCCAAAAAGUAUGAUUCAUGUUUUAGGGAUUACCUAGUGAAUUCGAUAUAUAGUCACUUCGUGGAUUUCACAUUGUUGUAGUACGUUUUCUUAGUUACAUAAUCCCCCCCCUUUUUAUUUUUUGAAUCGCUACAUGUAGUGGCUAAUGGCAGGAAUGUCUGUUCCAUUAUUUAGAAAAAUGUUUCCUCCUGUUGAUCAGAACAUUGCUAUGAAAUUAUUUGCAUUUUAUUGGUGAAUCAUCAUCUUUUAUCAGUGCAUCGAUCAAGACGCCUACGCUAGAGAUACCUCACCAGAGCACCAUUAGAGUGAUGAUGUUGCCCUUUUUUUACAUGACAAAGUAAUGCUUGGAUGGCUCUUCUGCAUGCCUUUCAUUUUUCUCAUGCUUGUGGGGGUUCUGAUGGAGGGAUCUCGGAGUGAAAGGAUUGGCUCUAUAUUUCCGGAUGUUGGAUCCUUGGGCAACUCUGUGCUGUAUUGCUUCCUCAUCUCACCUGCUUUAAUCCUGCAGACCUGGAGGAUGAAAUAGGUAGUGGUGGCAUAGUUGAGGUAUCUGUCCUUUACUUUGGCUUUCUCAUUGUUUAUCUUCCAUAUAAUCUCUUUAUUUUACGAGCAUUAUAUAUAUAUUGUUAUCCUACUGAUUAUGGUUACUAGCUCUGUUGAGUAACAAUGUGCAGAGAAUUCCUCCACUUUUGCAAUCCUUUGUCCUUCUACUGGUAAUCAGGAAAUAAGAACUCAUCGCGGUUCCUUAAAAUUGCAAAUAAUGGUUCUACUUGGUAAAAUGUGCUCAGUUGUAGUCUUGAGCUAUUUAUAUGCUGGCCCUAUUAUGAAUAUACAAAAAUUUGGGCAGUGCUAUUCCAUUGCAUUGAAGCCCAACCAAACAAGGCCGAAAGGACAUUUCGUUCAUAGAUAUCCUGAUAUCCACUAGUGCUCACUCAAGUGAUAUGUUAUACAGGUUAUCUAACAAGUUGGCUAUUUUACUAACGAAGAGGAGAGAAGUGCUACAAGAAGCUAUGUGUAGUCCAUUCACAUUUCUGAAGGUUAAUCACUCAUCCGGCCAUCCCAACACAUAUCGAACUUGCGACAGAAGAUGUUUCUUUUUACAGAGUCGCUGCUUCUUCGAUGCCUAGUAAUACAUCUUAAUUCUCUUAAGGGCCCUAUUCUGUGAACUGUUACUAUAUAUAUAUGCCCCAUCACUAAUUGUUCUAGUGAUUAUACUUAGUACUCA